UUUCUAAAGAGACGAUUAGUCAUAUACUUCAUGCUAAAGGUAUGAACUUUACUGUUCUUUGUAGUUUAAGGGAUUGUUGAAGCAAUAAGCUUAUGUGUAGAUGUAAAGAAAAAGAUGGAAGGAAAUACAUGUGACAUCAAUCACUUGGAUUCAGAUGUGCUUUUGCCUCCGCGUAAACGGCUUCUAGCAGGAUUGAAAAAACAGAUUUUUGAUGAUAAUCCAUGUAGUCCAUCCUCUUCUACUGAUGAUGUUACAGAUUUUGAGUUCGAUAUCCGUCUUAAUAACCUGUUGAAGUUUCACUCGGAUGAUUGUAAUCGUUCCAUUGAGGAGAUUGUCGAGGCCUCGAGAGUGGCAGCUUUAAAAGCUGUUGAGCUUGCAAAAGCUGCAAGAGCUGUUGCUGAAGAGAAAGCUGUGAAAGCAUCAGAGGCCAUGGCUGCUGCUAAGAGUGCUAUGGAGUUGGUUGCUACUGUUUCUGGUGAGGUUACAGAUAGAGACAAGUACUCAAAGAAGAAGAAGAAUAAGUAUAAAGGGAUCAAGAAUUGUACAACGGAUGAAGAUUUAGCUCGGACGUUAAGUAGGACAAUAAACAGCUCUCCAAGACUUUCGAAGAACUCAACCUCUGACUCAAGAAAUCAAAAACAUAAGAGGCUUAAAAGAUCUUCUCCUUCCGAAAAUGCUAAGCUUCAGAAUGGAAGUACGUCGUGGGAAGCAAAUCGACCUUCCACGAGCAAUGGGAUUGAUAUUGCUGGAAAUAAGGCAUCAAAUGGUCCUAGCCAGGAGAAAGAACUAAUUAGAGUAGACUUGAGCCUAGCGAAAUUCAACAAGGCGGAUCUCAGAAAGAUGGAAAAUGGCAAAGGACAACCAAUGAACUCAAAGGAGGAAUUCGGGGAAUCACCAAAUGAUACAUGUAAUGUUGACAAAAAGAAGGGGCGGAUGAAGCAGAAAACGUUACCCCUCAGUAAUUGCAGUCUCAGGGAUAAAGUGAACCCAAAAAGGACAUGAAUUUCUAAAGUUCAUCUUCACCGGAUGAGAAGAUCAACAAAGUUACUGCUAUUAAUGAGCCUAUGUUUCCAGUUGAUAGGUCAUCUACAUUGAAGUGCCAAACUUUUAAGUCAUCCACUUGCGUUGAACAAUAAGUUGAUGCAAUCACAGUCUUCAUAUUUUAGUUUCAAGUGAGGCGGCUACCAUGAUGGGGCUUAUAGUCUGAGGUAGUCUUUUUCGUGUUUUUUCUUGCUUACUUCUUUUUAUACAUAUAUCGCCUCUUCCAGCCCAAUUAACGUGUAUAUCUUGAUA